GUUUGGUUCGGUUCAGAUUCGAGUUGGGUUUGUAAUCUUUCAAUAUGUGCGUUCGAAAUGGUAGAAUUGAUGAUCGUCUUCUUCUCUCUGGUGACACUGGCACACCAAUGUUGACUGUUGAAGUCAGCUAUUUUGGACAAAAACAGUUUCACGUUGGGAAUGGCUAUAUGUACUUUCAAUUGUGUAAUCGGGGCAUUAGUGUCAAACGACAUUAUGGGAGCUUUGAGCGUUCUGAUAAUGCAUUACAAGUGUUCGGUGAAAUGCCUGAACGAGAUUUCACGUAGUCUCCCACUUCAAGAAAGCUCUUCCGGUGAAUCCACUAACAUUUAAACCGUGUAUUGUACGGGUAAAAACAAUGAUUUCAGAAACCAAUGUCAUCUGAUUUAUUCAUAUACCAAGAGUUUUGAUGUAUAUCAUUGGCACGUUCUGGAUUUAAAGAGCUGGCAAGAUUAUGGUCAAGCAAUGCGUUCUGCAUCGAAAAAUUUCUUAUCUUUAGAUUGGUGGAGAGUAAAUUUGCACAUCUUUCACUUGUUCACGUCAUGAAAUAUGACUAUGUUGCGUAAUUGACUGGGUAAAAAAUUGGACUUUGUUUGUGGCAUUUACGUUUCCAUUGAAAAAUGAGUAUUUUGGAACAUUAGUGCGGUCUGGUCAACAUUGUUUAUAGUAGGUGCUUGAAAAUAGUUUUGACGAGUCCCUCGAAGAAAAAAAAUCCCUGAGUGUUUCUUCACUUGGCUUUCUUUGUCUUGUUAUAUGUUCGUUUCUUAGUUAUUAGAGAAAAAAAAAUACACAUGGGGAAGAAGAGGAUCGUGUUGCUCUUAUUUAUAAGUUUUAGCUAUGCAGAGAUAACAAAAGAGAGUCCUUUGUCUAUAGGACAAACUCUCAGCUCCUCUAAUGGAGUGUAUGAACUGGGGUUCUUCAGUUUUAAUAACUCCCAAAAUCAGUAUGUUGGAAUCUGGUUCAAGGGAAUCAUUCCCCGGGUGGUUGUUUGGGUGGCCAAUAGAGAAAAGCCUGUUACAGACUCUGCAGCAAAUUUAGUUAUCAGCAGCAGUGGAAGUCUUCUGUUAAUUAAUGGCAAACAUGACGUCGUGUGGUCCACUGGAGAAAUUUCUGCAUCUAAGGGAUCUCAUGCAGAGCUUUCCGACUAUGGAAAUCUAAUGGUCAAAGACAACGUUACAGGAAGAACUCUAUGGGAAAGCUUUGAGCACCUUGGUAAUACUCUACUCCCUCUCUCAACUAUGAUGUAUAAUCUCGUCACCGGUGAGAAGCGAGGGUUGAGUUCUUGGAAAAGUUAUACUGAUCCAUCGCCUGGUGACUUUUGGGUUCAGAUCACACCGCAAGUGCCAUCACAGGGGUUUGUUAUGCGAGGCUCGACCCCUUAUUAUAGAACCGGUCCAUGGGCUAAAACAAGGUAUACCGGGAUACCACAGAUGGAUGAAUCAUAUACUAGUCCAUUCAGCCUACAUCAGGAUGUAAAUGGGUCAGGAUACUUUUCGUAUUUUGAAAGAGACUACAAACUUUCACGUAUAAUGUUAACAUCAGAGGGAUCAAUGAAGGUGUUACGGUAUAAUGGAUUGGACUGGAAAUCAAGCUACGAGGGUCCAGCCAAUUCAUGUGAUAUUUACGGCGUAUGUGGGCCUUUUGGUUUUUGUGUUAUCUCAGAUCCUCCAAAGUGUAAAUGCUUCAAAGGUUUUGUUCCUAAAUCCAUUGAGGAAUGGAAAAGAGGAAACUGGACAAGUGGUUGUGCGAGGCGUACCGAACUACAUUGUCAAGGAAACUCUACUGGCAAAGAUGCAAACGUCUUCCAUACUGUUCCAAACAUAAAGCCUCCAGACUUUUAUGAAUAUGCAAAUUCUGUGGAUGCUGAAGGAUGCUACCAAAGUUGCCUCCACAAUUGUUCUUGCUUGGCCUUCGCUUAUAUUCCUGGAAUAGGGUGCUUAAUGUGGAGCAAAGACCUAAUGGACACAAUGCAAUUUUCUGCAGGAGGAGAAAUUCUUUCCAUUCGUCUUGCACAUUCUGAGCUAGAUGUACAUAAGCGCAAGAUGACCAUUGUUGCUAGUACAGUGAGCCUUACCCUCUUUGUGAUCUUGGGCUUUGCCACGUUUGGUUUUUGGAGAAACAGAGUAAAACAUCACGCUCAUAUAUCAGAAGAUGCAUGGAGGAAUGAUUUGCAAUCACAAGACGUCCCAGGUUUAGAAUUUUUUGAGAUGAAUACCAUACAAACUGCCACCAGUAAUUUCAGUCUAUCAAACAAACUCGGACAUGGUGGCUUUGGUUCCGUUUACAAGGCGAGAAACGUUUUAUCCUAUUCGCUCUUUUUCUUUUCUGUUUUUUCUGAAGAUGACAUUUGCAACUUUUUUCAGGGAAAACUGCAAGAUGGAAGGGAAAUUGCGGUAAAACGCCUUUCUAGCAGCUCUGAGCAGGGCAAACAGGAGUUCAUGAAUGAAAUAGUACUGAUAUCAAAACUCCAACACAGAAACUUGGUACGGGUUUUGGGAUGCUGUGUUGAAGGAAAAGAAAAGCUAUUGAUUUAUGAGUUUAUGAAAAACAAAAGCCUUGAUACCUUUGUUUUUGGUUCAAGAAAAAGGCUCGAGCUUGAUUGGCCAAAGAGAUUUGAUAUCAUUCAAGGUAUUGUGCGUGGACUUCUCUAUCUCCACCGUGACUCACGCCUCAGAGUAAUUCACAGAGACCUGAAGGUUAGCAACAUUCUUCUGGACGAGAAAAUGAACCCGAAAAUAUCAGAUUUUGGGUUGGCUCGGUUGUUUCAGGGAAGCCAAUAUCAGGACAAAACUCGCAGGGUUGUGGGAACUCUAGGAUAUAUGUCUCCAGAGUAUGCAUGGACUGGAGUAUUCUCUGAGAAAUCAGACAUCUACAGCUUCGGAGUUCUUCUGUUAGAAAUCAUCAGCGGAGAGAAGAUUUCAAGGUUCAGCUAUGGUGAGGAAGGAAAAGCACUUCUUGCAUAUGUAUGGGAAUGUUGGUGUGAAACCCGAGGAGUUAAUCUCUUGGACCAAGCUCUUGAUGAUUCUUCUCAUCCAGCCGAAGUUGGAAGGUGUGUCCAGAUUGGUUUGCUCUGUGUUCAACAUCAACCUGCAGACAGACCAAACACACUUGAGUUGUUGUCUAUGCUUACCACAACAUCAGAUCUUCCUCUGCCAAAACAACCCACAUUUGCAGUGCACACAAGAAAUGACGAACCACCGUCUAAUGAUUUGAUGAUCACUGUCAAUGAGAUGACAGAGUCUGUGAUCCUAGGACGUUGAACAUCAAUGUGUGAUGGAAAAUUUUAGAAUUGGAAUUAUUCUCCAAAGGAUCAAAUUUUCUAAUGUUGCUAACUUCAACGUAGAUUAUUUCAUUAUGUUAAAACUUAAAAG